AUGAUCGAGGCGAUGGCUCCAAGCACCGUCGAUCCGAAGAGCAUAUCGCCCGUCACUGAAGAUGGGUCGAUGGACAGGCGAGGAAACCCAGCAGUCAAAGCAAACACUGGGAAAUGGAAAUCUUCCAUCCUGCUGCUAGUUAACUAUGCGCUUGUAACAUGCGCCUUCUUCGGCGUCGGGGUGAACCUGGUGGUGUUCCUCCGGCGGGUGCUCCACCAGGACAACGCCGAGGCGGCCAACAGCAUCAGCAAAUGGACCGGCACCGUCUACAUCUUCUCCCUCAUCGGCGCCUUCAUGAGCGACUCCUACUGGGGCCGCUACAUCACCUGCGCCAUCUUCCAGAUGAUCUAUGUCACGGGACUUGUGAUACUGUCACUGGCGUCGUGGUUCCUGCUGGUGAAGCCCACCGGGUGCGGCGACGUGGAGACGCACUGCGACCCGCCGUCGACGGCGGGGAUCGCGCUCUUCUACCUGUCGACGUACAUGAUCGCGUUCGGCAACGGCGGGUACCAGCCGUCCAUCGCCACGCUGGGCUCGGACCAGUUCGACGAGACGGACCCCGACGAGGCGCGCUCCAAGGUGGCCUUCUUCAGCUACUUCUACCUGGCGCUCAACGUGGGCUCCAUCUUCUCCAACACGAUCCUGGUGUACUACGAGGACGCCGGGCAGUGGGUCAUGGGCUUCUGGGUCUCGGCGGGUGCGGCGGCGCUGGCGCUCGUGCUCUUCCUCCUCGGCACCCCCAACUACCGCUACUUCAAGCCCACCGGCAACCCGCUCACCCGCAUCGCGCAGGUGCUCGUCGCCGCGUGCCGCAAGUGGCGAGACCACGCGCCCACCCGCGGCGAGCUGCUCCACGAGCUGGACGGCGACGAGUCUUACAAGGAGUCCGGCAUCCGGAAGAUCAUGCACAGUGACCAGCUCAGGUACCUUGACAAGGCCGCGACGGUCACCGAGGAGGACUACUGCGAGCCGGAGAGGAUGAAGGACCCGUGGCGGCUCUGCACCGUGACGCAGGUGGAGGAGGUGAAGUGCAUCCUCAAGAUGCUGCCCAUCUGGAUGUGCACCAUCGUCUACUCCGUGGUGUUCACGCAGAUGGCGUCGCUGUUCGUGGAGCAAGGGACCACCAUGAACACCAACAUUGGGUCGUUCCACGUGCCGGCCGCGAGCAUGUCGGUGUUCGACAUCCUCAGCGUGCUGGCGUUCAUCGCCAUCUACCGGCGCGUGCUGGUGCCGGUCAUGGCGAGGCUGUCCGGGAACCCGCAGGGUCUGACGGAGCUGCAGCGCAUGGGCGUCGGGCUCGUGAUCGGCAUGGGGGCGAUGGUGGUGGCGGGCGUGGUGGAGGUGGAGCGGCUGAAGCGGGUGGCUGCGCCGGACCAGCCGAGCUCCCUGAGCGUGCUGUGGCAGGUGCCGCAGUACGCGCUGAUCGGGGCUUCGGAGGUGUUCAUGUACGUCGGGCAGCUGGAGUUCUUCAACGGGCAGGCGCCCGACGGCGUCAAGAGCUUCGGCAGCUCGCUGUGCAUGGCGUCCAUCUCGCUCGGGAACUACGUGAGCAUCAUGCUGGUCAGCGUGGUGACCAGCCUCACCGCCGGCGACAGGAGGCCUGGGUGGAUCCCGGGUAACCUCAACUCCGGCCACCUCGACAGGUUCUACUUCCUCCUCGCGGCGCUCUCGCUCGUCGACCUCGCCGUGUACGUGGCCUGCGCGAUGUGGUACAAGGGCAUCAAACUCGACAGCAACGAGGAGAAGGGAAAGGUGCCUGUGCAUGUUUAG